AUGGCUAUCUCCGAUUUAAAUAUUACAAUUCCAUCAAUCCCACAAUCUACCUUCAAACCAGCUGAUUCCAACAAAAAGAGACAAAAGAUCGUAGUGGUGGUAUCGGUUUUAUCUAUCCUUGUUAUAGUGAUUUUGAUUUUAGCAAUCUUGUAUGGUACUUGGAGCAAGAGGAAGAGAUCCCAAGUGAAAUUUCCAGAUAAAACGGCAGAAACUAUAGAGGAAAAGUAUAUCAUGGAUAACCAAGACGAUGAUACAGAGUUAUCAUCUUUCAGCCUGACUAAGAUAUCCAAGUCUACUAACAAUUUUGCAAAUGACAAAAAACUAGGAGAAGGUGGUUUUGGUUCGGUUUACAAGGGUGUACUCGAUGACGGAGAAGAAAUAGCUGUGAAAAGGUUGUCCAAAACAUCAAGCCAAGGAUACUGCAUCCAAAGAAAUGAAAGCAUGUUGAUUUAUGAAUACAUGGCUAACAAAAGUCUAGACUUAUUUAUAUUUGAUAAAAUCAAAAGUUCAAUAAUGGGUUGGUCAGAUCGUUUUCACAUCAUUCAUGGGAUUGCUCGAGGACUCCUUUAUCUUCAUCAAGAUUCACGAUUUAAAAUUAUUCAUCGAGAUCUUAAAGCAAGCAACAUUUUGCUGGAUGUUGACAUGAAUCCUAAGAUAUCAGAUUUUGGUCUUGCAAGAAUGUUCACAGAACAUGAAAAUGAAGCAAAUACGAACAACAUAGUUGGAACUUUGGGUUAUUUAUCACCAGAGUAUGCUCUAGAUGGGAUUUUCUCCGAAAAAUCAGAUGUCUUCAGUUUUGGUGUUCUUGUGCUGGAAAUAAUAAGCGGGAAGAAAAAUCGAGGAUUUUCUCAUGAAAAUGACAGUGAUAAUCUUCUUGCGCAUUCAUGGAGACUCUUUGAAGAAGGUAAGGCUAUGGAGUUGCUUGGUGUGCAUAUGCGUAAUUCAUGUGUAGCCUCAGAAGUACUUCGUUCAAUACAUAUCGGGCUUUUAUGUGUUCAGCAUCAUGCAAAUGACAGACCAACUAUGUCAUCUGUGGUUUUGAUGUUUGGUGAAGAAGGUGCAUUGCCUCGACCUAAACAACCAGCAUUUUUUGCCAAAGGGAGUAUGCCUCAAUGUUAUCUAGUUUCUGGAAAUAACAUCACAAUGACAACAUUAGAACCUCGAUAAUUAAUAUAUGUUCAUGUUGAGGUCCAUUUUGUGAUCUUAAGUACUUCAUUUUCUUUUCCGCAUGCGUAUGUUAAAGACACAUAAAUAAAAAUAAUAUACAAUCUAUUGGCCCUAAAUGUGUUUUGUUGCUUAAUACGAGUGUUUAAAUAAGACUUGCUCUCAACAGUCUGUGGAGAU